CGAACCUUUAAAUCGUCAAAAUGGCGUCGGAGGAAGAGGAUGAAGAAUUGGCAGCGUUGAGAUUUGCUGCACUGGCGUCUAUGAAAAAUAAGCAGAAGCCUGUGGUGGAAGAAGAUGAAGAUCUGAAAGCCCUGAAAGAAGCAGCUCUGAAGACACUUGAGAAAACUCUAGUCAAUCCAAGUGUGGCCUCUUGUACCCCUCCCCCGACAUCCAUCUCAGCCCCCAACCACCUGCAGCCAGUACAGUCACACUCGCCAAACUACUACAACAGUCAGCCACCUAGCCAGUAUAUACACAGCCAGUAUUCACAACCCCCACCAAACUACCAUCAGAUAGUCCAGUCCAAUGACUUCUACCACCAGCACAAUUGCCAUCCUUCCUACGGUAGAGGCCAGGCACCCCAAGUGCAUUCAUCUGGAGGCAGGUCCCACAGAAGAAAUGUUGCAAGGGGCAGCGUUUCAAGGAGCAUUGUUUCCAUGGCUAAUGUGAACAGAAGCAAUACACCCCCAGGGAUUGUUUCUCGUGGCGGUGCAUCCAGAGCAUCUGUAUCCAGAGGGAGUGCCAGUCAUGGAAAUGCCCCAAGAGGAUUACCGCCACGUGGCAAUAACUUGAUUGUAAUUAGCCCUAUGCCAAUGCAGGGUGAAGCAUCACUCAUUGAGAACAGAUCUAUCGAUCACACAGGGAAAGCCUUGCCAAAAGUUGAGACGUCUAAACCAAUGCUGCUACGUCCACAGGAUAAGUGGUGCUCAGGUACAUCUGACAGCAACAGCAUGACAGCCAGUCCGUCUAGGCCAAAAGCUUCCGGGAAGUUCAGUAGAUUUGAUACAAGCGGCAGUGAAAGUGAAGAGGAGUCUGAUGAAGAAGAAGAAAUAACUCCUCUCAAUAAGUCCUCUGACAAGGAAAAUGAAUCAGAUCGGAGCAACAGUGACACUGAAGUGGACAAUAAUAAAUCGUCUGACUCUGACAGUAACAGCAGGCUAAGUGAUUAUGAAAGUGACAAGUCCAAGGACAACGUGAGUGCCAGUGACGACAGUGUGAGUGAUGACAGUGACAAUAAAGACCAGUCUGAGAUUGAAAGAAAAGAUGACCAUAAGUCUGACAGUGAUGUAAAUCUUGAAUCAGAGACUGAAGAGGAGAGAAAUGAAAGACUUGAGACGGACAGAUUACUUGAAGAAAGUAUGGAUCGCAGACAGGUAUUCGGCAGCAGCUCAGGGAAGGAAGAUGAGUCGCCUGUAAAGUGGACCACUAAAAAUAUUCUUGAGACUGUGACUACUGGGGAUGUGCAAACAGCUAACUUUGAUCUCUCACAAAAACUAGCGCAUCACAGAGCUAAGAUGAAGGAGGAAAAUUGUAAUGACAAGGUUGCAGGGGAUCUGUCUGAAAAACUCACCAACCGCCGCAAUCGACAACAAGAUGUUGAUCAGCCAAACUCAUCUACAGUCUCUGUAGCAUCAAAAGAUUACGAAAACAUCAAGAUUCAGAAAGUGGUGGAAGGAGAUGAAGAUGUGUCCAAGACAAAUAUGUCCGCAAAUGAACUUAAACGGUUAGAGGCAAGGAAGAGAAAAUUUGAAGGGUCUCCUGUGUCUGGGAUCAGUGAAGUGAAAAAGACAAUUUCAUUGAAGGGAAUAGUGCCACGGUCUAAGAAGAGACCAAAGGAACGUCAUGAAUCUAGAUCUGUGUCUCCUGUGCCUAAGCGUUAUUCAAAAGACUUUGAAAGGUAUGAGAAGAGGAAGGCUUCUAAGACACGAAGGAAAAGUGGAUCCAAAGAAAAUCAUGAAGUAAAGCCUCCUAAAGAAGACCGACAAGGAAAAGAGAGAUCUGAUGGUAGACCUAAGUCAAGAGACAAAAGUAAUAGCAAGAUUGUGGAAAGUAAAAAAACAGAAGUUACUGCCGAUACGUCAGAUGAUUCAAAAUCUGACAUUGAUGUUGAAAUAAGUGGCAGUGAAAGUGAUAGUGAAGAAGGCAGGGCAUGGAGGAAAGGAGAAAAUAAAAACAGGAUAGGUAUGAAUAGAGACAGAAGCCGACCAGUCCGACACACUACUGAGCGUUUUGAUAGUUGGCAAAGACAAGGUCGUCAUGGCAGCCCUCCAACUCAGCGCGACCGUUUUGCUGACAGAAGACGUCAGUUUAGGGACCCCCGAAAUGAUGUUCCAUCCAAACAUCGAAGAGGUGGUGGAAGGCAGCGAAGCGUGGAACUUUUGGGUGAGAGUGAGAGCGAUUCUGAUGGACCAAGAUUGCCCAGCAGUAUUGUGAUGCCAAAUAGUAAAAAGAACACGGACAACUGGAAGAGUAAGUCUUCAAGGUUAAAAGAGAGUAAUAACUCAGACAAUGAAAACUCUGAUUCAGAAUUAACAUCCUUUAAGAAAUCAAAUUCUGAUUCUAUUAACAGACGUAUCAUUUCUUCUGAUACUGGGAGGAGAAGACAAAACAGACGCUCCAGAAAGGUGACAGCUGACUUUGAUGACCACAAUACAGUAACUAUAAAGACAAAUUCCACCAAGGAACAUUCCGAAAGAAAAGCCAAGUUUGAGUCUAGAGAUAGGAACUCUUUGAGUGUGACAGUUGACUCUGAAAAAGAAGUUACAUCCCGAUAUCGUGCAUCUGUCCAUGACCGUUUAGGUCGACAGCUGCAUCAGACUGAUUCGGAAUCAGUUAAGUUGAAAGUCAACCAUGGUGGUGCUGAUGCCAAACAGAAGAGUGCUGAAGAUGGGAAGCAUGUUCUUGAUGAUCUUGAGUCCACAGAAAUGAAGCAAGUGUCCGCAGAAGAAGCAUCAGAAGAUUCUCCACGUAUGUUAUGUCCUUUGAGAUUAGAGUGUCCUGGUUUUUGGCAAAGUUUUGGAAAUAUGCGAACAAGUUAAAGUACCAUGAGCAUGAUCAAUGUUUGAUUUGAUAACUGACCUGCUGAACUAUGAAGUAUUGUAUUUGUGCACUGUGUUUGUUUUUAUCUUAAUCAUGUUAAUACUGCAUAUUGAUGUUUGGAAACUUGAAAUAAUGAAAAAACAUGAAUAACAGAUUUGUCUAUAAAUAUUCAAAUAGUUUUAGCUGAGUGGUAUCAUUUGACAGUGCUUCAGGAACACUGUAUGGUAGUGACAGAAAGUAGGAGAUAAACCAGGGUCGUUUCCUGACAUCCGUGUGAUGUUAAUCGGUACUUUAUCAACAUAACAUCAUGGGUAAUAUGAUGAUCAUAUUAAAACAAGAAACAAGGUACACAUUGUUAAGGACAUUCAAAAGUAGUUUCCUUACUCCUAUUCCUGUUGUUAACAAAUUAUUAACUUUCAACAUAGUCUUUGAGGAUUGUGUGGAGAAAGUCAGGGCAUUAUGUUCAGUGAUGUUUCUUGUUUUAUAUUAUUUGGGAUACAAUAUGAAUUUACAAGGAUGCAUUUAAAUCAUCUCUAAAAACCCACUUUUUUCGUCUUGCCUAUUACUAGACUUUCUAUGUUCAAUUGUCUCUCUGUAAAAAGUCUUAACUAUUUUUUUCUCCUAUAGUAUUGUAGUGCCAUGAGCGGGUUUUAGUACCUGGAUGUAGCGCUAUGUAAAUGCCCACAUUAUUAUUAUUAUUAUUAAAUCACGUCUCCUAGCAUGUGUUCAUCAAAUAUAAAGUUCUUUUUGGAAAUCUCCAACUGUGAUUUAAGUCCUAUUUUCAGCCCUAGUGAUGCUCAGUCAUUGUUAGUAGUUUGGAUUAUAAAGGGAAGUAACUCUUCAUAGUCUAGUUGCAUGUCUAAAUAUGAACUGGAAAAAAUAUGAGGUUUGUAAUGGAAUAAAGUUUGUGAAGUUGUUAAAUUUCAUGUACUUUCCUGGGUGAAACAUUACCUUGAACUAAGAGGUUAAUUACAAAUAAAUUUAUACUGUCAAUGUAAUAAUUACUUGCUAUUGCUUUUUGACACUGGUUGGAUUUAUUUAUGUUUCUCUGUUAAAAUUUCAUUACAUUUUUGACAUUUUGAUCAUCCAGGUUUUAGAGAAUAAUUAAUGUUUCAUUCAUUUCUCCACUUGUUUUUUGGGUAAAUCUCACUUGUGUGGUAUGAUGACCUUUACAGGAAUAUUUAUAGUGCAAUGUUGUGUAUCUGUGUGAUGUGUGAAAAUAUAGUGUAUAACUUAGUGUUAGUAUGUGAUCACCAUGAAAUGUUCAUUCACUAUUGUGACUACAUAGGCAACCAUUGCAAGUCUUUCUGAAACCUUCCACACAAAAUAUGGCCAUUUUCAUAAGUGCAGUGUUCGUUACCGUAAUUCAUUUAACUGACUUGAUCAUUAUAUUUGCAUCAGAAGUUGUCUGUUAAAGCUAACUUUAUUUAUAUAUUUGAAGAAUUUGAAUUCCUUUCAUAUACAUGUAUAUGUACCUACUGAUGAUAUUGAUUGUCACGGAUUAACAAGACGUGGAUGUAUUACCUUUGAUGGG